GAAAUGAUGUGUAAGAGUACGCGUGACCUAGCGUGGUAGCCACUGAGGUAGCAGUUAGGAGUCUAUACCGAUCGUCCGUCACGAGCCAGAAAUGUCUACACAAUCCAGCAAUACCUUGGCAGGGAAGACUCUGUUCAUCACAGGGGCAAGUCGUGGUAUAGGUAAAGCCAUAGCCCUGAAGGCUGCAAGGGAUGGAGCAAAUGUUGCCAUAGCAGCAAAAACGACAGAGCCACAUCCCAAACUACCUGGCACCAUUUACACUGCAGCCAAGGAAGUGGAGGAGGCUGGAGGGGCGUAUCUAGCGUGUCAGGUGGACAUCCGGUAUGAGGACCAAGUAAAGUCAGCUGUGGAGAAGGCGGUUGCUAAAUUUGGAGGGAUCGACAUCCUUGUUAAUAAUGCCAGUGCAAUUAACAUGACCGGAACACUGGACACUGAGAUGAAGAAGUUUGACCUGAUGAUGGGAGUCAACGUGCGGGGCACGUUUCUAUGUUCAAAGAUGUGUCUCCCCUACCUGAUGAAAAGCGACAACCCCCACAUCCUCAACAUUAGUCCCCCUCUCAACCUCAACAGUCGGUGGUUCAAAGAUCACGUUGCCUACACCAUGGCCAAAUAUGGGAUGUCCAUGUGUGUCCUAGGGAUGGCUGAGGAGUUUCGGUCCAAGCACGUGGCUGUGAAUGCCCUUUGGCCGCGAACUGCCAUAUACACGGCGGCUGUCCAGAUGAUCUGCGCGGACAACAAGGAGAUUGUCCGGGAGUGUCGUAAGCCGGAGAUCAUGGCGGACGCGGCCUACACUAUUCUGACAAAGGACAGCAAAACGUAUACAGGGAACUUCGCCAUUGAUGACGAGAUCCUCCGUGAUGCUGGAGUGACUGACAUUGGCAAAUAUUCCUGUGUACCUGGCGGAAAAUUGUCUCUGGACUUCUUCCUGGAGGGCGAGAUUCCGGGACAAGAGCUAAUACAACCUGCUUAGAGAUAUAAAUCUGCUGGACUUUUCUUAUGCAAAAUUAAAGCGCCAAUUUCUGAACAUUCAAA